UAAUUAUAACAAAAAUAAUACUCUGUGAGUACCCAAAAACGGGCUUUUAAAGCUCUUGGAACCUUCGUAGUGCAGUGCGUUUAGUGUUAGAUCAAUACAUACCAUCUACUAUGAAGCCCCAGCUGUGGUAUGGUUCAACCGUGCUCUACCUGCUGGCAGCGAUCAUUCCCUGCAGUCUGGAAGCCGUGGAAAUCGACUGCUCGGAGCUACGGAUGGGGCAGUAUCUCUGCCCGGAUCCCAGCCUGCGCCACAUAGACCCCAAGACGCAGCAGCUGCGGGGAUGCACCAAGGAGAACAAGGCUCGCGUCUGGUGCCUGGCCGUGGAGGGAAUCACCUGCAGCGAAACGAAGAACUCCAGCUUCACCCGGGAGAUGCCCUGCAAGUGGACCAACGGGUACCACUUCGACACGGCCCUGCUUCUGUCCGUUUUCCUCGGGAUGUUCGGAGCGGACCGGUUCUACCUGGGCUACCCGGCGAUUGGGUUGCUCAAAUUCUGCACUCUGGGCUUCAUGUUCCUCGGCCAGCUGGUGGAUGUGAUUCUGAUAGCGACCCAGGUGGUCGGGCCAGCGGAUGGAUCGGCCUACGUGAUUCCCUACUACGGACCCGGAAUCACGGUCGUACGGAGCGACAACUGGACCUACCGGUUACCGCAGGACAAUUGGUGAUUGUUGGCUAAUGUUUUCAGAAAACAUGGUAAGGCAAUAAAGCAUUGACUGAGAGCAUGGGGUCUGUUAUGGCCACGAUUGCAUUAGCCUUAA